UCACAGUUUAGUUACGAUAUCGAAAACGACCCGACGCGUCCCGCCGCCGGCGAAAUCUACUCGAAACGUUCGCUUUGCCUUCGUCCAGUUCUCGAGUGUUAUUGUGAUUGAAUUGUGAAUUGACAAUUUGUGCUUUGGAUUUUUUACCAAUUUCCUCGGUAGUGUAUCGGUGUGGUAUGACAUUACCCGGUGACCAGUGAUGACAUAAGAUGGGGGUGUCGGAGGAUUUCGCGCCGAGCUUCACGCAGAAGCCGUCCCUGCGCCAGGAGGACGAUGGCAACAAGCUGGUGUUCGAGUGCCAGCUGCUGGCCUCCCCCAAGCCGGAGAUCAGCUGGUACCGCAGCGAUGAGCUGCUCAAGGAGGACAACCGGACGGUGUUCAAAAUCCAGAGCAUCGCACACAACAAGUUCCUAGUGGUGCUGGAGCUGGACGAUGUGGUGGAGACGGACGCGGGGCUGUACAAGGUCAAGGCUAAGAACAAGAUGGGCGAGGUGGCCGCUUCCAUCAACUUGAACUUCAGCCCUGCUGACGAGGACAAACAGAAGCAAAUAGACGGUAAAGCACCGACGUUCGCGCGCAAGCCCGCCAUCAGACAGGAGGACGACGGCAAGCGGCUGGUGUUCGAGUGCCGCAUCGAGGCAGAACCCGUGCCCACAGUCACAUGGUUCCACAGCAUGGUGGAGGUCAAACCCAGUGCGAGACAUAAGUUAACAGUGAGCAAGGAAGGCAAGUCGUACUAUGCCUCCUUGGAGAUCAACAACGUGACCGUUGAAGACGCGGGCAAAUACAGGGUUACUGCGAAGAACGAAUUGGGCGAAAGUAACGCUACGAUCAGCCUAAACUUCGACAGUGGGGAUGAUGAGAAUGGUUUCGCACCGUCGUUUGUGGAGAAACCUCGUAUCAUUCCCAAUGAAGAUGGCACACUCAUAACAAUGCGUUGUGUCUGCAAAGCUAAGCCGGCGGCUCAAGUAACGUGGUAUAGGGGCACAACCGUUAUUAAGGCUAGCAGUAAAAUACAAAUAAGUUCCUCUGUGAUUAGUGAAGAUAUUUAUGAAUUGGUAUUGGUUUUAUCAAAUCCAACAGCAGCGGAUGGUGGCGCUUACCGCUGUCAUGUUCAAAACGAAUUUGGAGAAAGCAAUGCUAAUCUUAACUUAAAUAUAGAAGCGGAACCAGAACCAGAGGGCGACGGACCAACAUUUGUUGAAAAACCUACUAUUCAAUCCAAAGAAAAUGGUAAAUUAGUUAUUAUGGGAUGUAAAGUUAAAGCUAGCCCUAAGCCAACGAUUGUGUGGUACCACGAAGGAAAAGAAAUAAGGGACUCGUCGAAAAUAAAAACCAGGAUCGAAGUAAAAGAGGACAUCUAUACUAUCAUUUUAGAACUGGUCGAUCCUGGUAUUGAAGACUCCGGACUGUAUAAAUGUAACAUCAAAAAUGAACUCGGUGAACUUAAUGCAAAUCUAACGCUCAAUAUUGAAAUCAUUCCAGUAAUAAAAGAAAAACCAAAGAUUAUAAAAAUUGUUAAAAAGAAGACUGUUAUAGUCGAGUGUAAGGUAUUAAGUAAAUUUGCUCCAUCGUGCACUUGGUUUAAAGAAGCCAGUGCAGUUAAGGAAGAUUCAAGGCAUACAGUGCUAAUAGAGCCUGUAAGAGAAGGUGAAUUCGCAGUAAAAUUAGAAAUUUCAAACGUGUCACAACAAGAUAAAGGUUCAUACAAGCUUGUGGCCAAAAACGAAAAAGGUGAAGCUACCUCACAACAAGUUGAAAUCACUGAUAUUCCCGAAGAAAAGGGCGAUAAGCCGCAAAUCAUCAAACACCUCAGAAGCUUGGCAAGGAAAGAAAAUGAGGAAGCAGAAUUCGUAGCAGUACUCAAAACAUCAGAUCAGUCAUGUCGCUGCACGUGGUAUAGAAAUUCCAUGGUAAUUCGGGACUCUUCUGAAGUGGAUACGUCAUUCGAUGGUACAAAUGCCCGGCUCAUUAUUCGUAAAGUUUCUUCUAAAUAUGUAGCUAACUACAGAGUUGUCAUUAAGAACGAAUUCGGAGAAGAUGAAUCAAGUGCUGAUUUAACACUUGUAGAAGAAAAGAAAAAGAAAAAAGUUGAAGAGGAAGAAGAAACCACUGUCAUGGAGUCGGAAGAAGAAAUGUCUAUUGUUGAAGAAAAAUCGGUAAUAGAAGAAAAAUCAGUAAUUGAAGAAAAUCACGUAGACCAACGACAGGAGGAGGAAGAAGUAAGUAUUAUCGAAGAAAAGAGGACUUCAACCAGGAGAUCUUCGAAAGUACAUAUUGAAAGCAAAAAGCAAGAAACAGUUGUUGAGUCUCAAAAAACUGAAGAAAAAGUUGAAGCCAAAGCAGAAGCUAAGAAAACUGAAACUAAAUCGGAAGCGAAAAAGAUGAAAAUAGAGGAAGAGAAAAAAGCUGAUGUUGAAAUAGAAGAGGCUAAGAAAAUACUUGAAAAGAAGACUGCUAAGACUGAAGCUGAGAAAUUAGCUCUUCUUGAAAAAAUCGAGAAGAAAAAGAAAGAGCCUGAGCCUGAAACAAAACUUGAAAUUCCUAAACUCAAACCAACAAAACCCAAAGAGGAGCCAAAGCCUAAAGAGGAACCUAAAAAAACUGAAGAAAAGAAAGUCGUCAAAAAGAAGGUUGUGAAAAAGAAGGAGGAGGAAGUCGAGUUCAUCGAUGAUUACGAGAGACCUGUUUUGGAGAAAUACGAAAAGAUUUCACCUACACCCCUUGAAAAAAGGCAAAGGGUGGAUGACACUCCCAAGCCACAUCGCGGGUCAAUUGCUGAAAGUGUCAAGAGUCAAGAUGAUGAAAGCGACGACUCCUCGAUUGCAGUUACAUCCAGGAGACAAUCCAAAGUCGAUAAAGAGCAGGUUGAAGAAACAACACGUAGACUGAGUAUUAAGAAGGGAAUUCCAAAGCCUGAAGAACCUGAGGAGGAAGUAACUAAGCCAAAACUAUCAAAGGUCCCUGAGAAACCUUCAGAGCAAAACUUGGAACAACCACAGUCAGCUAAGAGUGACAGACCUAUAAGAAAGCCUGAAGAGCAAAAAGAUUAUGUAGACGAUUACGAAACACCAGAGCUUGAAAAAUAUGAUAAAAUAACUCCGACACCCACCGACAGAACUAAAAAACAAAACGGAGUCAAAGAGGAGUCACCUGAAUUUGUUGACGAUUAUGAAAAACCAACACUUGAAAAGUACGAGAAAAUUACUACUACUAAAGAUAAACGACGAGCGAGUGAUACAAAGGACGAGACAGACAUUUUAAAAGGUAAAAUUAAACCUAAGUCAAUGGAGGAGGAACCCGAAAUGCCAAAACUCCGUAAAGUCUCUGUUCCAAAAGAGAAGGAUGAAGAAAAGAAACCAGAAGAGAAACCAAAAACUAAAACUGUUAAGACUGAUGGAGCAAAGGCUAAAAAACGUCCGUCUCUUAAAGAGAAAGAGGUUAAAGAGGAAGAAUUUAUUGAUGAUUACGAGAGACCUGUUCUCGAAAAAUAUGAAAGAAUCACGCCAACGCCUUUAGAGAAAAAAUCAAAGGAUGAAAGAUAUGAAGAAAUAUCUUCAACGGCCACUGAGAAACGACCGUCACUUAAAGACCAACCAGAUUCUGUGAGAGACGAACCAGAGCCAAUGGAUGUGGACGAAGUUGAUAUAACUGAGAAUAAAGUUGGAGGCAAACCACAAAAACAACCUGAAGAUGAUGAUACAUUUACACACAAACAAACCACAGAAACACGCACGGUCGAGGAAAGGCGUAGGUCUAGCUUAAGGAAAAAUGUUUUGGAACCUGAAAAUGACGAUGAUACUAAAGUAUCUAAAACAACAAUAAGAAGAUAUAGUCAUCAAACAGAAGAGGAGAAACCGUCAAAAUUGAGUGAAAAGGAUAGUAAUGACAAUUUACAAAAUGAUGAAAAUUGCCUUGUUGACACUCCAUUAAGAAACAAAGUAACUGAUAAAAGAUUUCUUCUACCAGCAAACCAAGUUAGUCAGGAUAGAGAGGUCUCUCCUGAAGAUGUCAGUGGUCCGAAUCGCGAUAAGACGAAAACUCCUCUAUCCAAAGACGAUACAAUACCUACCACUAAGGAGGAUGAGGCUGAUAAAGUAACGGAUAAAAAUAAACUUCAGCCGCAAGGGGAAGAGCCGAAAAUGCCAUCUCUUAGGAAAACGUCAGUGAUCGCUGAUAAGGAACAAGAAGAUUCACCUGAAAAACCUAAAAAGAAAACACUCACACCAGACGCAACUAAAACAAAGAAACGCCCAUCGCUCAAGAAUAAAGAGGUUAAGGAGGAAGAGUUUAUCGAUGACUAUGAGAGACCUGUACUUGAAAAGUAUGAGAAAAUUUCUCCUACACCCCUUGAGAAAAAGAGAAAGGAUAGCAAAAAAGAUGAUGAUAUCGAAUCUUCUGCGACAUUUAAGAAAAGACCGUCACUUAAGGACAAGGACAAACCAGAGCCAAUGGAUGUGGAUGAAAAUGUCAGUCUAUCUAAGCCUAAAACUGCGGGUAAACCUGAACCUGAACCAGUUAGUCUUACACAAAAACAACCAUCAGAAAUCAAACUUACGGAGGGUGAGGCGGAAGCCCAACUUAAGGUUAAAAAGCCUGAAAUAGUUGAGGAAGCUACAGUUAAACGCCCGACUGCUAUGCAGCCUGAGGAAACUGAAGAAUCUGUGAGUCUUACCAAGCCCAGAACUAAAACGAGCACAACCGCACCCGAAGAAGCAUCCCUUAAAAAGAAAAUUGUUAAGAAAAAGAAACCUACGGAGGGAUCAGAAGCGGCAGAGCUUAAAAUUAAGAAACCUGCUGUCGCUAGUAAAGACGAUGAUGAGGCAACGCUGAUAAUAGAAGGAAAAAAGUUGGUACUACCUAAACUAAACAGAACUGUAAGGAGGGUGGAACAAGCCCAAGUAACAGAAACAGAAAAUAAAACCGAAAUAGGGGCACCAGAAAAGUUAAAAAAAUUCACAUUCGAAAUACCAGAACUAAAGAAAGUAAAUACGCAGAAAGUGACUUUAAAGAAAGACGCCGGUAAACUUACCGAUAAGGAUAUUAAGACAGGGCUCGAAUUGGACUUCGUUGAUGACUAUGAAAGGCCAGUGUUGGAAAAAUAUGAAAAGAUAUCACCGACACCAUUGACAAAAGAAAAGAAGGAAAAAGAAAAAGUGGCUGCCAAGGUGGAAGUUGUUGCUAAACAAGCACAGCGACUCGAAGUAAAGACGGAAAGCAGAAGGACGUCGGUUCAGAGCGAGACUAGCAGCAGAAGAACUUCAGUACAGAGUGAGGCUCAAGAAACAACGAUUGAUAGCAGACGCAGCUCUAUCGUAGAAAACAAAGCUCUGAAGAUUACGAAAGAGACUACAGACAGCAGGAAAUCUUCAGUGUCCUCAAUUGGGGAAAAGGAAGAGGCAACAACAGCCGUCCUAAAGAAAACAGGCCUGAAGCCCAUGCCCAAAAAGGAACCUGAAAAGAUGGAAUUAGAACAAGUAAAACUAAAGAAAGUAGCAGUUAAAGAAGAAACGAUUGAGGAGGAAGCCAAAAAGGCAAAGAUAUCAACAACGAAAAAGAAGGCUGAGGACUUGCCAGAAAUUCCAGACUAUGAACGACCGGACCUUGAGAAGUACGAGAGAAUAUCACCAACACGUACAACAAAGGAAAAACCAGAGAAGGAACAGCCUGAGAAACCUAAGGUACCCGAAAUUAAAGCACCUGAACCUGAGGAACCGCCAAAGAUUGAGGUGGUCAAAGAGAAGUCACCAAAGCCAGAACAACUGCGUAAACCAUCUCUGUCACCUGGGGCUACCACACCCAGAAGAGGAUCUCUCAUUCCUCCUCCAGAAGAAUUGGGUAGAAGACCAUCGCUGAUUAUCAGCGACGAGGUCACGAAAUUACGUCCUGGAGAAGUUGUAGACGAGAAAAAGCGAAGGAAAUCAAGCGACGCAAGGAGACCUUCCGUGCAAGAUUUGGAGGAUCUUAUCAACAAACCCUCCGUACCACUGAAGCCUAUUGGAAAUGAAGGACCUCCAGUUAUUGUGGACGUGCAAGAAAAUUACACUGCCGUGGAAGAUCAAACUGGCUAUCUCACCGUGCAAGUGGAAGGUAACCCACCGCCAACGUUCAAGUUCUACAAAGGAGUGUCCGAAAUCCUCGAAGGUGGUCGCUUUAAGUUCGUCACAGAUGGUGACACUGGACUUAUUACACUUUGCAUGAGAAAAGUAAAACCCAUAGAUGAAGGGAAAUACAAAAUUGUUGUCAGUAACAUCCAUGGAGAGGACUCAGCAGAAAUACAACUUUACGUCUCUGAUGCUAGCGGAAUGGACUUCCGUGCUAUGCUUAAAAAGAGGAAGUAUGCUAAAUGGGGUGAGAAAAAAGAGGAUCCUGAUUGGGGUGACUUGAAAGAGGUUGAAAAGCCAAUACCAGCACUUAAGAAAGUUGAAAAGAAACAAGAUUCAUUCUUGAAACCCCUCGUAGAUCAAAACGCGAAGGAAGGCAAAGAUAAAAAGGUUACAUUCGAAGCCAUCUUCACAAAGCCAAAUGCGAAACCGAAGUGGUUUUUCCGCAAGGAUGAACUAUUCCCUGGCUCCAAAUAUAAGAUGACUAACGAAAAAGAUUCAUAUAAACUGAUAAUUAUGAAUCCCAAAGUAGAAGAUACUGGUAAGAUAACCAUUGAAAUUGGUGGAAUUAGCAGUACAGCUUUCCUUCAAGUAGAAGAACCUGAUCCUACGUACACCUUCACAAAGCAUCUGAAGAAAAGCCUAACGGGUUACACUAAGCAUGAAGUGGUUCUAGAAUGUGCAAUUUCUAACAGCCUUGCUAUUGUAUCUUGGUGGAAGGGUGAUCAAAAACUUGAAGACGGUGAAGAAUUCCAAAUUUCUAAAGACUUGUCUGGCGUUUGCAAGCUAGUUAUUAGGAAAGCCAAAAUGGAAGACGCCGGAAAAUACACGUGUAGAAUAGAAAAGCAACCAGAUAAGUCAGAGUGUGAUGUAAAGAUUAUAGAAUACCCGUACAAAUUCACCAAGGUACUUAAAUCGCAGCAAGCGAUAGAGAAAGACACAAUAACUCUCCUCUGUGAGUUAGAUGACGCAGCGGGAGAUGUCAAAUGGUUUAAGAACAACGAACCACUCAAAGCAGAUAAACGCAUUACGAUUGUGAAGGAAGGACGUAAACGAAAAGUCGUCAUUAAAGAUGCAAAGGUCACUGAUGCUGGCAACUUCAAGUGUGUCAGCAACGCCGAUGAGACCGCUUGCGAAUUGAUCGUCAAUUACUCGAAUCGCUUCAAUAAGAAGUUGAAGGAUACAGAAGCAAUUGAGAGGGAUAAAGUUGUUCUCGAAGUCGAGUUGCAGGAUCAAACUGCUGAGGCAGUAUGGUCUUUCAAUGGCCAACCGAUUGUACCUAAUGACAGGAUUGAAAUCAAGAACUUGGGUGGUGGUAAACAUCAACUCAUUUUCAACAAGUUGGAGAUGGAAGAUGAUGGUGAAAUUCUCUGUGAAUCUGGCAAGCUUAGCUCAUCUUGCAAGCUGACUGUCAAGAAGGGUGAAUCGAAACCACAAAUUGAUUGCCCUGAUGAGUUCAAUGGUACUGCUGGACAACCGUUUGUAAUUGAAGUGCCUUACAAAAUUUCUGGCACACGGGUAUCACCAAUCGAAGCCAAACUUUUCAAGGACGGCAAAGCAUUACCCGCGAAAGAAGUUGAAGCAGUCGUUGAGCAAGAAAAGAUAUUGUUCAAAAUCAAGAAGCCAGUUCGCGAAGGUUCUGGAAAAUACCAGAUCAAACUCACCAACGCCCAAGGCGAAGACUCCAAGGAUGUUACUAUUAACAUGCAGAGUCCACCAACACCACCUCAGGAUGUCGAAGUCGCAGAGGUCUUCCAGACAUCUUGUGUUGUCACAUGGAAGGCACCGCAAGACGACGGAGGAUCGCCAAUCAUUAAAUACAUAAUUGAAAGACAGGACCUGUCCCUCAAAGCCGCUUGGGAUGGCGUUGCCGAAAUCAACCAUGGUGAACCAUGCAAAUACAAAGUGGAAGAUCUCAUUCCGAAAAAGACUUACAAGUUCAGGAUCAGGGCCGUUAACAAGAUUGGUUCCAGUGAACCUGGAAUAUUCUCUAAGCCAGUACUGGCCAAGGAUCCAUGGGACGAACCAUCGAAACCCAAGAGCGUGGAAGUUACUGAUUGGGACAAGGACCACGCAGAUCUUAAAUGGCAGAAGCCUGACAAUGAUGGUGGUGCUCCAAUCACAGGAUACGUUGUGGAAUAUAAGGAGAAAUUCGGCAAGGACUGGGUCCAAGGUGUGGAGGUUCCUGGGGACGCGUUGACUGCAACUCAAGAUGGACUCAAGGAAGGAGGCACUUACGAGUUCAGAGUGCGAGCCAUCAACAAGGCUGGUCCUGGUGAACCCAGUGACAGCACUAAGCCUAUCGUUGCUAAGUGCAGAUUCGUAAAACCAUUCAUCAAGGGUGAAGGUCUCCAAGGAAUGAUUAUUAAGAAGGGACAGGUUAUCACAUACGACAUAAAGUAUGGUGGUGAACCCGAACCUGAGGUUAAAUGGAUCUUGGUCGAAGAGGAAAUCAAGGAUGACGGUGACCGUAUCACUAUCGACAAGUACGAAAGGAACACGGUACUUACCGUCAGAAGGACCACCAGACUCGAUGGAGGCAAAUACAAGCUGGUCCUCACCAACUCAUCUGGCACUUGCGAGAGUGUUGCUGAUGUGGUUGUGCUGGACAAACCAAACCGCCCCAACGGUCCAUUGGAAGUGACUGACAUCCGCGCCGAGAAGGCCACUGUCAAAUGGUCGAAGCCUGAUGAUUGGCAGGGAUCUGACAUCACCGGGUACACGCUCGAGAAGAUGGACAUGGACACAGGUAACUGGAUACCAUGCGGUGAGACGGGACCGGAACCCACGGAGUUCACAGUCAAGGGUCUGACACCGAACCACAAGUACAAGUUCAGAGUCCGCGCUGUCAACAAGGAGGGAGAGUCAGAACCGCUGGAGACGGAUGGAUUCAUCGUCGCUAAGAAUCCUUAUGACCCUCCGAAGGCCCCAGGCAAGCCAACCAUCAUCGACUACGACAACCAAUCGGUGACGCUCAAGUGGGAGCCACCAACGGACAACGGUGGAAGACCAGUGCUGGGCUACGUCAUCGAGAUGAAGGACAAGUUCACCGCUGACUGGGUUGAGGUGACCAAAACCGACAAACCAGAUACGGAAGCAAAGGUCGAGGGUCUGAAAGAGAAGAUGACAUACCAGUUCCGUGUGAAGGCUUAUAACAAGGCGGGUGUUGGUGACGCCUCCGAACCCACUGACAACCAUCUCUGCAAACACAAGAACCUGAAACCACGUAUCGAGAGAUCAACUCUGAAGUCGGUGAUCAUCAAGGCGGGCCGCACUCACAAGUGGUCGGUCGAUGUGAUCGGCGAGCCGACACCGGAGUGCACGUGGUCGUGGCGUGAGAACAUCAAACUGGUGAACACGGAGCGGAUUAAGAUCGAGAAUGUGCCGUACCAUACCGACUUUACCAUCACAAACGCGGUACGCCGUGACACGGGCAAGUACACGCUGCGCGCGGAGAACUGCAAUGGCUUUGAUGAAGAGACGGUCGAACUGACCGUGCUGAGCAAGCCUAGCGCACCGCAAGGCCCGUUGGAAGUCAGUGACAUCCACGCCGAAGGCUGCAAAGUCAAGUGGGAGAAACCGGAGGAUGACGGCGGUAGCCCCGUCAAGGAGUAUGAGCUGGAGAAGAUGGAUCUGGCGACCGGCAAAUGGGUCAGAGUUGGCAGAGUGGCUGGCGACAAGAAGCCCCUGGAGAUGGAGGUGACAGGUCUGGAGCCGGGUCAUCAAUACAAGUUCCGCGUGACCGCCGUCAACGAUGAGGGAGACUCUGAGCCCUUGGAGACAGAGAAGCCGAUACUGGCUAAGAAUCCCUUCGACAAAGCGGACAAGCCCGGCAACGUGGAGGUCGCCGACCACGACAACCAGAGCGCGGAGAUCAAGUGGGACCCGCCCAAGAACGACGGCGGGGCGCCCAUACAGAAGUACAUCAUACAGAAGAGGCCCAAAGGCGGCGACUGGGAGAACGCCGCUGAGGUGCCCGGCAACGCUACCUCUGGAAAGGUAGAGGGUCUACCCGAGGGUGGUGAGUUCGAGUUCCGUGUCAUCGCCGUCAACAAGGCCGGCCCGUCCGACGCCUCCGAUCCCACCAAGAUGACCACCAUCAGGCAUAAAGCAUUGAAACCACGCAUCGACCGCACCAACUUGAAGGCGGUGGCGGUGCGCGCGGGCAAGCCGAUAUUCUUCGACGUGAACGUGCGCGGUGAACCCGCACCCAAAGUGCAGUGGUUCCAGAAGUGGAAGAAGGAGGAGAAGGAGGUCACGGAGAAUGUCAUCAACGUUGACUACAAUACUAAACUUGACAUCAAGGAGUCGGUACGCGCUAUGACCGGCACCUACCGUAUCCUAGCAACCAACGAGCAUGGCUCGGACGAGGCUGAAGUAGAAAUCACAGUCCUCUCCGCACCAGGCAAGCCCGGUGGUCCACUCAAGGUCACUGACGUCACCAAGAACGGCUGCAAGCUCGCCUGGAAGAAACCAGAGGAUGACGGUGGAAAACCAGUCACUGGUUACGUUGUUGAGAAACUGAACAAGGCCACUGGCAGAUGGGUGCCAGUUGGUAAAACCGAUGACACUGAAAUGGAAGUGAAGGGUCUACAAGAAGGCGAAGAAUACGAGUUCAGAGUGAAGGCUAUCAAUGAGGAAGGCGAAUCUGAACCGCUGAAAACCGACGCAUCCAUCAUUGCGAAGAAUCCUUACGAUAUCCCUGGCAAGCCUUCCGUCCCAACCAUCGAGGAUUGGGACGUUGAUCGCGUGGACCUCAAAUGGGAGGCACCCAAGAGCACCGGUGGUGCGCCCAUCACGGGCUACAUCAUUGAGAAGAAGGAGAAGUACGGUCACUGGCAGGAGGCUCUGGUCACCAACACACCAGAGUGCAAGGCUCGCGUGCCAGACCUGAAGGAAGGAAACACGUACCAGUUCCGUGUGAAGGCCGUUAACAAAGCGGGUCCCGGUGAGCCGGGAGAUGCGACACAGCCGCAUAUCGCUAAGGCUAGAUUCCUGAAACCAUUGAUCAACCGCGACAAGAUGGUGGCUAUCCGUGUCCGCGCGGGUGCAACUAUCAAAUUGGAUGUUGACAUCAAGGGUGAACCCCCACCGACCAAGACAUGGACCUUCGCCAACAAGGUCGUUGAAAACGGCCCCGGAGUCAAACUGGAGAAUGAAGAUUACAACACCAAACUCCAGAUCUUCGAAUCAUCGUGGAAGAACUCCGGUAUUUACACCUUGAAGGCGGAGAACGAUUCUGGUGUUGACGAGGCCACAGUAGAAAUUACUGUACUCGACAAGCCAGGCAAGCCCGAAGGCCCGCUUGAGGUGUCUGACGUGCACGCUGAUCACGUGAAACUCGCGUGGAAGAAGCCCAAGCACACCGGCGGUCUGCCGCUCAGCGCCUACCUGGUGGAGAAGAUGGAUGCCAUCACCGGCAAAUGGGUGCCCGCCGGUACCAUCGAUCCCGAUGUCACCGAGGCUACUGUUACCGGACUCGAAGCCGGUCACACUUACCAGUUCCGUGUGAAGGCGCUAAACGAGGAAGGUGAAUCGGAGCCUUUGGACACUGACCACGGUAUACUGGCCAAGAACCCGUACGACGUGCCAGCACCACCUGGCCUGCCAGACAUCGUGGACUACGAUGAGAAAUCCGUCAAGUUACGCUGGGAACCACCCAUCAGGGACAACGGUGCUCCCAUCACUGGAUUCAUCAUCGAGUACAUGGACCGCGACAGAGGAGAAUUUGUUAAAGCUAUUGAGGUCCAAGGCAAUAUCUGCCAAGGCACUGUACCUAAACUGGAAGAAGGCAACCAAUACCAGUUCAGAGUGCGUGCGGUCAACAAGGCUGGACAAUCUGAGCCAUCCGAAAAUACCAACUGGCAUACGGCUAAGCCUAGAUUCUUGAAACCAAGAAUCGACCGUACAAACCUCAACCAGAUCACAGUCAAGGCUGGUCUGCCUGUUUCUCUCGAUGUAAAGAUCUUCGGAGAACCACCGGCGACCGUCACCUGGUACUUCAAGGGUGAGGAGCUGCAGAACAAGGACAACUUGGAGAUCAUCAACAUCGAUUACAACACCAAGUUCCUUAUGACCAAGACGAAGCGCGCUAACAGCGGCAAAUACACUAUCAAGGCUAAGAACGAAGUGGGCGAAGAUGAAGCUGAUGUUGAAAUUAUUGUUGUUGGUAAACCAUCUAAGCCUAAGGGACCUUUGGAAGUGUCUGACGUCACGAAGAACUCUUGCACCCUCACUUGGCAGAAGCCAGAGGACGAUGGUGGAGCACCUAUCGAAUAUUACGAGAUUGAGAAACUUGAUCCACUCACUGGCACAUGGAUACCAUGUGGUACUGCCAAGGACUGCAAGGCCAACGUGACCGGCCUGCAGGAGGGCAAGCCCUACAAGUUCAGGGUGAAGGCCGUCAACAAGGAAGGCGAGUCUGAGGAGUUGGAGACGGAGAAGAGCAUCAUCGCUAAGAAUCCUUUCGACGAGCCCGGCAAACCUGGACGUCCGGAACCCAGGAACUGGGACAAGGACUUUGUCGACCUGGAAUGGACUCCACCCAAGGAGGAUGGAGGCGCACCCAUCACUGGAUACAUCGUGCAGAAGAGAGAAAAGGGUGACAGGUCUUGGCAAGACUGCUUACGCACAAGUGGCGACAGGCCCACAGCUCACGUCACUGACGUUGAAGAGGGUCACGAGUACCAGUUCAGGGUGAUCGCUCUGAACAAGGCGGGUCAAUCUGAGCCCUCCGAGCCAAGCAAGUCGGUUGUGGCCAAGCCUAGAUUCUUGGCACCAAAGAUCGACCGCAAGAACUUGCAGAGCAGGAAGGUGAAGGUUGGCGAAACCCUGAAGAUGGAAGCCGACGUUAAGGGCGAGCCUGAGCCAACCAUCACAUGGACCUUCAAGGGCGAGACCCUUAAGAGCCAGGACAGGCUGAAGAUCGAAAACGUGGACUACCACACAUCGUUCAACCUCCAGAAGCUUACCAGAGCUGACGGUGGCAAAUACGUGGUGACUGCCAAGAACGACUCCGGCACUGACACAGUCGAAAUCGAAGUGACCGUUGUCGGCAAACCUGCCAAGCCUAAGGGACCUCUCAAGGUAUCCGACGUUAAAGCCGACGGCUGCAAGCUUAAAUGGGAACCACCAGAGGAUGAUGGUGGUGAACCAGUUGAGAGCUAUGUGGUGGAACGUAUGGACACUGAGUCUGGCAGAUGGGUACCAGUCUGCACCACCAAGACCCCUGAGGCUGAUGUCACAGGACUGAACGAGGGCAAGGACUACAUGUUCCGAGUGAAAGCUGUCAACCCUGAGGGAGAGAGCGAACCGCUUGUUACGGAGACGGCUACCACUGCUAAGAAUCCGUAUGGCGAACCCGACGCGCCUGGUAAGCCCGAGUUCAAGGACUGGAGCUCCGAGCACGUGGUGCUCAAAUGGGACGCACCCACCAGCGAUGGUGGUGCUCCCAUCACUGGAUACAUCGUGGAGAAGAAGGACAGAGAUACCGGCAAAUGGGUUAAGGCUGCCGAGGUUCCUGGAACAAAGACCGAAGCUAAGGUGCCCGAUCUGAUCGAGGGUAAAACGUACCAGUUCCGCGUGAAGGCGGUGAACAAGGCCGGACCGAGCAAACCUUCCGCCCCAUCUGAGAAUCUGUUGGCUAAGGAUAGGUUUGCUCCGCCCAAGAUCGACCGCACCAACAUGCGCGACCUUACGCUCAAAGCCGGACAGAACAUCCGUCUGGAUGUUAAGGUGUCUGGUGAACCACCACCGACUAAGACCUGGUUCCACAACAAGGAGAGGCUGUCACCACGCGAUGACCUCUCGCUAGACGUAGAGGACUACCGCACGAAACUGUCCGUGGUGGUCGCCUCGCGCAAACACAGCGGCACAUAUGUGCUGAAGGCAGAAAACAGCAGCGGCAAAGAUGAGGCCACCAUACAGAUCAACGUAUUGGACGUGCCUGCUAAACCAGAAGGACCGCUUAAGAUCUCUGACGUCCACAAAGAGGGAUGCCAGCUCAAAUGGAACCCACCGCUGGACGAUGGUGGUGCACCAAUCGACCACUACCUCGUUGAGAAGUUAGAUACCGAAACUGGUAGAUGGCUGCCGGCCCUCAAGACCAAGGAUCCCAAGGCCGAAAUUGAGAACUUGGUGCCAGGACACGAAUACAAGUUCCGUGUAUCUGCCGUCAACAACGAAGGUGUCUCUGAGCCUCUCGAGGCUACAGAGUCCAUCAUCGCUAAGAAUCCAUUCGAUGAACCUGGUAAACCUGGCACACCAGAAGUUGUUGACUGGGACAAGGACCACGUCGACCUCAAAUGGCAGAAGCCCAUCAAAGAUGGUGGUGCUCCUAUCACCGGAUACAUCAUUGAGAAGCGCGAGAUUGGAACCACCAAAUGGGUUAAGGCUUGUGAGGUGGGUCCAAAUGACAACGAGAAGGCCACGGUGCCCAAUUUAGAUGAGGGAACGGAAUACGAGUUCAGGGUUAAGGCCGUGAACGAGGCUGGUCCUGGUGAACCCAGUGAUGCCAGCAAAUCCGUCACCUGCAAGCCUAGAAGACUGGCGCCUAAGAUCGACCGCCGCAGCUUGAGGCCCAUCAGGGUACAUGAAGGCGAGCCCAUCGCGCUCGACGUCAAGGUAUCUGGUGAACCCGCGCCUGACGUCGUCUGGAGUCUCAACGGCAAGAACGUGUCUAGUGGCAAUGGACUUAAAUUGGUGAACGUACCAUAUCUAAGCAAGUACCAACACUCGAGCCCGCGCCGGAAGGACUCCGGUACUUACAAGAUACAGGCCACCAACAAGUACGGACAGGACACAGCCGAAGUUGAGAUCAUCGUUGUGUCCAAACCUGACAAGCCAGAAGGUCCAUUGGAAGUGUCUGACAUCCACAAGGAUGGCUGCACGCUCAAAUGGAAGAGGCCCAAGGACGAUGGUGGUGAGCCCAUCGAGGCUUACCUCGUGGAGAAAUACGACACCGAGACCGGGGCCUGGUUGCCCGUCGGCAAGACCAUUGGCAACGUACCUGAGAUGGAGGUUGAUGGUCUGAUACCUGGUCACGAGUACAAGUUCCGUGUGAAGGCGAUCAACAAGGAGGGUGAAUCUGAGCCGCUGGAGACCUUCGGAUCUAUUGUCGCCAAGGAUCCCUUCACCGUACCAGAAGCCCCUGGAACACCAGUGCCAGAAGACUGGUCUGCCACCCACGUGGAGCUCAAAUGGGAGCCACCCACUUCGGAUGGUGGAUCACCAGUUAUUGGCUACAUCAUCGAGAAGAAGGACAAAUACAGCCCACUGUGGGAGAAAGCGGUUGAGACACACACGCCUACGCCCACUGCCACUGUUAAUGGGCUGAUCGAAGGCAACGAAUACCAGUUCCGCGUGAUUGCGAUCAACAAGGCCGGCCAGAGCAAGCCCUCUGAAGCCAGCAAGAACUUCGUGGCUAAGCCUCGGUUCCUCGCUCCCAAGAUCGACAGGAGAUACCUCCGUGAUGUUACCCUGUCUGCCGGAUCCACGCUCAAGUUGGAGGCCGCUGUUACCGGCGAACCCGCGCCGGCUGUUGAAUGGAGAUACCAGAACAUGCCUCUGCGCUCAUCCAAGGCUGUCACCAUCGAGACACCGGAGUACUCCACAAAGCUGGUGAUCAGGCCCAUCCGUAGGGACGACACGGGCGAGUAUACCGUCACCGCUGUUAACUCGAGCGGCAAAGACACUGUCACCAUCAACGUGCUUGUUACCGACAAGCCUGCUAGCCCUGAAGGUCCAUUGCAGAUCUCAGACGUCCACAAGGACGGUGCGACCCUCAAAUGGAAGAGGCCGAAGGACGACGGUGGUGCGCCGAUCGAGUACUACCAAGUGGACAAACUCGACACAGAGACCGGAUGCUGGGUGCCGUGCGCUCGCUCUGAGGAGCCCAAAUGUGACGUAACCGGCCUGACUCCUGGCAAGGAGUACAGGUUCCGCGUGUCCGCCGUCAACUCUGAGGGCGAGUCCGAGCCGCUCGUGUCGGAGACCAGCAUCGUCGCUAAGAAUCCCUUCGAUGAACCUGGCGCACCAGGUACACCAUCAGUCACCGACUGGGACAAGGACCACGUGGACCUCAAAUGGAGUCCGCCCCGCGAGGACGGUGGCGCCCCCAUCGAGGGCUACAUCGUGGAGAAGAAGGACAAGUUUGGUAACUGGGAGAAGGCGCUCGAAGUCCCGGCUGACAAGACCACGUGCACCGUGCCUGAUCUCAUCGAAGGACAGACUUAUGAGUUCCGCGUGAGGGCUGUAAACAAGGCUGGUCCUGGUGAGCCGAGUGACAGCACACACCCGAUCGUCGCCAAACCCAGGAACAUGGCACCGAAGAUCGACAGAACAAACCUUAUCGAUAUCAAGAUCAAGGUUGGAAUGAAAUUCGGAUUCGAUGUCAAGGUUUCUGGUGAACCAAUGCCCGAAACCAAAUGGUAUUUGGGUAAGAAGGAAGUCAAAUCUGGCGGUGAGAUGAAGGUGCAGCACACGGACUACAAUACGAAACUGAACUGCAAGGCUGCUACGCGCGCUGACAGCGGUAGAUACACCAUUACUGCUGAAAACAGCAACGGCAAAGACGUGGCUGAAGUUGAAGUCAUCGUUCUCAGUGUACCCAGCCCACCUGGAGGACCAUUGAAGGUCUCGGAUGUGCACGCGAACGGUGCGAAGCUCUCGUGGAAUCCACCUGCGGACGACGGUGGUCAACCAAUAGAGAAAUACAUCGUCGAGCGUAUGGAUGAGGCCACAGGCCGCUGGGUCACCGCCGGCGAAACCGACGGGCCACAGACGAAUCUUGCUGUCGAUGGUCUGCAACCUGGACACAAAUACAAGUUCCGAGUCAGAGCUGUUAAUAGGCAAGGAAAAUCAGACCCACUCACCACUCCACAUGCAACAGAAGCGAAGAAUCCCUUCGAUGUUGCUGGCAAGCCUGGCACACCGAAGAUCAAGGACUUCGACCGCGAUUUCGUGGAGUUGGAAUGGACACGACCCAGCACAGAUGGUGGAGCACCCAUCACUGGAUACGUCAUCGAGAAGAAAGAUCGCUUUGCUCCCGACUGGGAGGAAUGUGCACAGAUUGAAGGUGACGUUACAACUGGAAAAGUUCCUGAUCUCAUUGAAGGCAACACGUACGAGUUCCGUGUCCGUGCCGUGAAUAAGGCAGGCAAAGGAGAACCAAGUGACGGAACAGCACCACACGUAGCAAGACCUAAGAACUUGGCUCCUAAGAUCGACAGAAACUUCAUGUUCGAUAUUAAAAUCAAGGUUGGACAAAACUUUGAGCUCGAUGUGCCAGUUAUUGGUGAGCCAACACCAACCAAAGAAUGGCAUCAUGGUGAUAACUUUGUUAUUAACACCGAUAGAAUUAAAGUCAUCAAUGAUGAUCACACAUCUAAAAUCAGAGUAAUUGAUGCUAAGCGCUCGGAUACUGGUAACUACACAUUGAAAGCAAAGAAUGUCAAUGGAACAGAUUCUGCUACAGUGAAAAUUUUAGUCAUGGAUGUGCCAUUACCUCCGGAAGGUCCAUUACGAGCCGAAGACAUUACUAAAUCAGGAUGCACGCUUAGAUGGAGGCCACCCAAGGAUGAUGGUGGUUGUGAAAUCACUCAUUAUGUGGUUGAAAAAAUGGAUCAAGGCAACUUGCGCUGGAUUCCAGCUGGAGAAGUACAGGGUUGUCAUAUGAGAGUUGAUCACCUAAUUGAAGGUCACGACUACAACUUCCGUGUCCGUGCAGUCAACAGACAAGGAGAAUCUCAGAAUCUCGUCGGAACUGAGCCUAUUACCGCUAAAGACCCAUAUGGUACACCAGACAAACCCGGUACUCCAGUCGUCAAGGAUUGGGACAAAGACCACAUGGAUAUUGAAUGGGUUCCACCAAAGAAAGAUGGUGGAUCGCCUAUUACUGGAUAUGUCGUCGAAGUUAGGAAACGUUAUGGACCAUGGGAACUUGCUGCGACUGUACCUGGAAAUAAGACAACAGCUACUAUUCCUGGAUUACAAGAAGGAGAAGAGUAUGAAUUUAGAGUUAUUGCUGUAAACAAGGCUGGUAAUGGAGAACCUAGCGAUGCCUCUACACCACAAGUGGCGAAGGCCAGAUUCUGUGCACCUUACUUUGACAAACUUCUCCUCGCUGAUAAAACUGUUAAAGCAGGACAGAGGAUCCAAUAUGAGAUCCCAAUAGAGGCCUCACCAAAACCAACUGUCGAAUGGCAGAUUAAUGGAAAACUUGUACAUCCUUCGGAUAGAAUUGACGUACAGAUUCUCCAUAACAGGGUUAUUUUAGACAUUCCAUUCUCGGUUCGUUCCGAUGGUGGUGUAUACAAAUUAACUAUAAAGAAUGACUUGGGAGUUUGUUCUGCAACCGCACAAGUUACUGUUUUAGACAAACCAUCAAGGCCAGAGAAGCCCCUUGUUGUUUCCGAUGUUACAAAAGAUUCAUGUUCCUUAUCAUGGAAGGUACCACUUGACGAUGGAGGAUCUCCCAUUCUUCACUACGUUAUUGAGAAGAUGGAUCUGUCUCGUGGCACCUGGUCUGACGCUGGUAUGAGUACAUUCCUGUCCCAUCAAGUUACAAAACUUAUUCACAUGAAGGAGUAUCUAUUCAGAGUAAGUGCGGUUAAUGCUAUUGGCCAGUCUGAACCAUUAGAAUUAGACCGUGCUAUUGUUGCCAAGAAUGAAUAUGACAACCCAACGCCACCAGGUAAACCACAAGCUACAGAUUGGAGCAAGAACCAUGUUGACUUGGAAUGGACCCCACCAAAAUCAGACGGUGGAGCAGCAAUCACUGGAUACAUUGUACAAAAGAAGGAGAAAGGCAGCCCAUACUGGGUAAAUGCCGCUCAUGUGCCUCCUAAUAAGACUAAAGCCACAGUGCCUGACCUUACUGAGGGCCAAGACUAUGAGUUCCGUAUCAUAGCUGUAAACCAAGCUGGACAGUCUGAACCUAGUGAGCCAUCUGACAUCAUCACAGCUAAAGACCGAUUUGUGGCACCUAAGAUUCUUACUCCUCUUAAUGAGAUCCGCAUCAAAGCCGGACUUAUUUUCCACAUUGAUGUUAACUUUAUUGGUGAACCUAUUCCAGAAGUUAAAUGGACUUGUAAUAGUAAGGAAGUUGUAACAAAUGAAAGAACUACCGUUACUUCCGUUGGUCACCAUACCAUUGUUCACACGGUUAACUGUAAGAGGUCAGAUGCUGGUAAAUAUCAUCUCUCGCUAAAGAACGAUUCCGGUUCAGAUGAGGGCAACUUUGAACUUAUUGUGCUGGAUGUUCCUGGACCACCGCAGCCGCUAUUUGAAUAUGAAGAAAUCACUGCGCAGUCGGUUACUUUAUCAUGGAAACCACCGAAAGACAACGGUGGCAGUGAACUUACUGCAUACGUUAUCGAAAAGCGUGAUUUGACACAUGGUGGUGGUUGGGUACCCGCCGUCACAUACAUUAAUCCCAAAUAUAAUCAUGCGACUGUACCUCGGCUUAGUGAGGGCACUAAAUAUGAAUUCAGGGUAUUUGCCGAAAAUCUGCAGGGUCGCUCAGAGCCCUUAGUAACAGAUAGGGCUAUUGUUGCUAAAAAUCAAUACACUGUACCUGGUAAACCAGGAAAACCAGAGCUUCUAUCUGCUGACAAAGAUCACAUCAAAAUUAGAUGGUCUCCACCUAUUUCAAACGGUGGAUCUAAUAUUGUUGGCUACGAUGUUGAAAGAAGAGACAAAGCUACAGGUCGCUGGAUCAAACUUAACAGAGAUCCAGUCAGGAAUAGUGAAUAUAAUGAUGACAGAGUACAGGAAGGCCACCAAUAUGAAUACCGGGUAUCGGCAGUUAAUGCUGCUGGAGCUGGUCAACCAUCUGAUGAAUCCAAUGUAUUUAUUGCAAGACCAAUGAAGGAGAAGCCUAAACUGUACUUAGACCACCUAAUAGGACGCAAGAUUAAGGUCAGAGCCGGUGAACCUAUAAAUAUUAACAUUCCAAUAACUGGAGCACCAACGCCCACGAUAUCAUGGACCAAGGGAUCUAUUCCAAUCGUUCCUUCCCACAGAAUAUCCGCUGAAACUAAAGCGGAAGAAACUAAAUUGAGUAUCGAAAAGUCAACAAGGGACGAUGCUGGAAAAUACACAAUUUCGGCGUCGAAUGAAUAUGGAAAAGAUUCUGCUGAUAUUGAAGUUAUUGUGGUUGACAAACCUGGCAUUCCUAAAGGUCCUCUUGUUUGCACUCCAGUUACACAUGAUGUCAUAAGUCUUUCAUGGCAGCCACCUACCGAUGACGGCGGAAGUGAAAUCACUGGCUAUGUGGUCGAGGUUGCCGAAUUCGGAGUCAAUGAUUGGCGUACUGUUGCUGGAUUCUGUCCUAAGUGCUCAUAUAAUGUUAAAAAUCUUACUGAGGGUAAGAAAUAUGUAUUUAGAGUACGAGCUGAAAACUUAUAUGGCGUUUCAGAGCCAUUGGAAAGCAAGUCUAUCGUAGCUAAAUCACCAUUCGAUCCACCAGAUGCGCCUGAUACACCUAAAAUCACUGGCUAUAGUUCAAAUAGCUGCUCUCUUGAAUGGCAGCCACCAGCCAACUGUGGCGGUAAACCAAUUACUGGUUAUUAUGUUGAGAAGAGAGAACGUGGUGGUGAAUGGGUGAAGGUAAACAAUUAUCCAACGCCAAAUACAUGCUAUACAGUACAAGAUUUAAGAGAAGGUAACCGCUAUGAAUUCCGUGUUAUUGCUGUCAAUGAAGCAGGACCGGGUAAACCAAGCAAACCUACUGAACCAAUUACAGCUGAGACGCAGAGACUUAAGCCCAGCUCACCCGAAGCACCUAAGCCCGAUAGAGUUACAAAAGAUUCUGUUACAUUGUCUUGGAGACCGCCUAAGAGUGACGGUGGUUCUAAAAUUAAGGGCUACAUUAUCCAACAAAAGGGUAAAGGUGACAAGGAUUGGAAAGACGUCAACGAUGUCCCAGUACCAAAUCUUGUUCACACUGUACCUAAACUUAAAGAAGGUGAAGAAUACCAAUUCAGAGUUAUCGCUGUUAAUGAUGUUGGCAAGUCUGAACCAAGCAAACCAACUGGUGACAUAAAGAUUGGUGAACAGCCAAACAAACCUUGCAUGGAUCUUGGAGGAGUACGAGACAUUACAGUAAGAGCAGGAGAAGACUUUUCGAUACACGUACCUUACACUGGCUUCCCACAACCAACUGCAUCCUGGUUUGCGGAUGACAAUCUUCUGGACGUCGAUGGCGAUUCCAGAAUACACCAAAAGAUUACACCAGAGUCUGCAUCUCUGGUCGUCAAGAAUGCCAAGAGGUCAGAUGGUGGUCAGUACAGAUUGCAAUUACGUAAUCCAUCAGGUUAUGACACAGCAACUAUCAACGUUCGUGUACUCGAUAGACCUGGAAAACCAGAGAACUUGCGCGCCGAUGAAUUUGAAGGCGAAGCUCUUACACUCUACUGGAACCCGCCAAAAGACAACGGUGGUGGAGAAAUCACAAACUACGUUGUUGAGAAGCGAGAAGCUCGUGCUCCUACCUGGACCAAGGUGUCUGGCUAUGUCACAACGCCGUUCUUACGCGUAAAGAACUUGUCUGUUGGCAAGAGUUACGAGUUCAGAGUAAUGGCCGAAAAUCAAUAUGGUCAAUCGGAACCAGCUCAGACAACUGAGCCGAUCAGAGCAAGACAUCCCUUCGAUCCUCCGGGUGCACCAGGCGUUCCUCGCUCUGUCGAAACUACGGAAUCGUCGAUCACCGUUACAUGGUCGAAACCACGUCACGAUGGCGGUUCACCUAUCACAGGCUAUAUUCUAGAGAAAAGACUGAUCACUGAAGAUAAGUGGACAAAGGCGUCACACGCACACAUUCCAGAUACAACCUACAAAGUGACGGGUCUAAUUGAGAACCAUGAAUACGAAUUCCGUGUAUCCGCUAUCAACGCAGCGGGACAGGGACCGUGGUCGCAGAGCUCAGACGCAAUCAGGGCGUGCGCGCCACCUAACGCGCCCCGCAUCACAAGUGAUCUCAGUCUUAGAGACAUCACCGUUAUUGCUGGAGAAGAAAUCAAGAUUACAGUGCCCUUCACUGGAAACCCAAUACCAAAGGUUUCGUGGAUGGUUAACAAUGAAGAGGUCUUCCCUGAUCAUAGGAUUCGUUUCGUCACAUCUGAAUUUAAUACAGUGUUCCAUAACUCUUCUGCGAAGCGUUCUGACACUGGUUCUUACACUGUACAGCUUAUCAAUAGCGAAGGCUCUGACAGCGGUACUUGCAGAGUACUGGUUGUAGACAGACCUUCACCACCAGUUGGACCACUGGAUGCCUCAGAUAUCACACCAGACACAUGCACGUUGUCAUGGAAACCGCCCCUUGAUGACGGUGGAUCUCCUAUCACAAAUUACAUCGUCGAGAAAAUGGACAACGUUGGAGUAUGGUCUAAGAUUUCUUCAUUCGUGCGCAAUUGCCACUACAACGUCAUGGGUCUAGAGCCCAACCGUAAAUACACAUUCCGCGUCCGUGCUGAGAACCAAUAUGGUGUUUCUGAACCAUUGGCUAUGGAUGACUAUAUCACUGCUAAGUUCCCAUUCACUGUGCCCGAGCCGCCGGGCCCGCCACGUGUCACGGAUUGGGACGGCUCAUCAGCCACUGUGAUCUGGGACCGCCCGAGAUCGGACGGCGGCGCCCGUAUCCAAGGCUACAAGGUUGAGUUCAGAGACGUCGCUGAUGGCGUCUGGAACAGCGCUGAUUACCUCGUCAAAGACUGCAAUUACCAGGCAUACAACUUAGAGCCAGGACAUACGUACGAGUUCCGCGUGCGCGCAAAGAACGCGGCCGGCUUCAGCACGUACUCGCGCAACUCCGCGCCGUUCUCGGUGCGCGGUCGCGCGGGUCCGCCGUCUGCGCCGCGCUCGCCGCGCGUGCUGCGUGUGGGACGCAACUACGUCGACGUGGCUUGGGACGCGCCGGAACGCGAUGGAGGCUCACGUAUAACCGGCUACAUAAUCGAGCGACGAGAGCUGAGCAGCUCGGUGUGGGUGAAGUGCAACGACUACAACGUCAUGGACACCACAUUCACCGCGCUCAACCUCAGCGAGAAGGCGGACUUCGAGUUCCGUAUCAUCGCUGUCAACUCUGCCGGCAAAUCGGAGCCAUCCAUGUGCACAACACCUGUACGCACUGGCGAGGAAGUGGGAGGCACUCGACCGGAAUGGCUGAAACAGCUGCCGAUACACGUCACAGCACCGUUGGGACGACCAGCGGUGUUGGAGUGUGUGGCGUCAGGCAACCCAGUGCCCACAGGUCGCUGGUUGCGCAACGGCCGCGAGGUCACCCUGGGAACCAGGUUCAUCGCGGAAUCACGAGAGGGUACACUAAGACUGAAUAUCACGGAAACUACGGACGCCGACGAAGGCGACUACACUUGCGAGGCCAGCAACAGCCUUGGACACAUCACCACCACGACGCAUCUGAAGAUUGGAAAUCCACCGCGCAUCGUCCGCAUGCCAGGCGAUUUGCACCUGCCCGAGCAUGACAACACGAAGCUCAAGAUCCUCUACACGGGAGACCAGCCCGUCGACGUGGUGCUUACUAAAGACGGCCACAAAGUGUCAGAGUCACCGCAUCUCAAAUACACCGUGUUCGAUGACUACAUCCUUAUCUUUAUCAAGGACAUCACUAAGGAUGAUAUGGGCACAUACAAACUGACAAUCAAGAACAGCUCUGGCGAGGUAUCAGACACGUUCUCAGUGACAGUCACUGGCCUGCCUGGGCCACCACAAGGUCCAUUGGAAGCCACUGACAUCACUAAGCACACUUGCAGCCUGGCCUGGAAACCGCCAACAUACGAUGGUGGACUACCCAUCACCCACUACGUGGUUGAAAGGAAAGAUAUCUCUGGAACCACCUGGAUCACUAUUGCGUCCUCGGUUAGGGACACCAAGUACACCGUGCUUGGUCUCACCGAAGGACAGGAGUACAACUUCAGGGUCCACGCUGCUAACGAAAACGGCAUUGGACCUGGCCUCGAGGGAGUUAAUCCAGUCAAGGCUAAAGCACCAUUCGAUCCACCAUCAGCGCCUGGUAUUCCGAAUAUCCUGGAAGUGGGAGGCCACUUCGUGCACCUUGAAUGGGCCAAGCCCGAGAACGAUGGAGGUGCUAGAAUACAAGGUUACUGGGUGGACAAACGCGAGGUUGGGUCAACAAGCUGGCAGCGCGUGAACGCGGUUCUGUGCGUGGCCAACCAGCUGAACUGCGCCAACUUGGUGGAGGGUCGGCAGUACGAGUUCCGUGUGAUCGCCGUCAACGAGGCAGGCAACUCGCCGCCCAGCAGCAACAGCCAGCAGGUCAAGGCGCAGGAUCCGAAGGUCGCCACGCCGCCGGAGAUCGUCAAGCCGCUGAAGAACGCCAACUGCAUACAGUACCACAACGCUAAGUUCACUUGCACCAUCACUGGUUACCCGAAACCUACUAUCACUUGGUAUAAGGGUGCACGCGAGAUAACGAACGGCCCACGCCACCAGAUCUGGAGCGAGGGUGACAACCAUUUCUUGACGGUGAUGGACGUGUUCGGUGAAGACGCGGACGAGUACGUCUGCCGCGCGGUCAACAAGGCCGGUGUGAAGAGCACGCGCGCUGAACUGUUGAUUAUGACCGCGCCGAAACUCAACGUACCACCUCGCUUCCGCGACACAGCUUACUUCGACAAGGGCGAGAAUGUUGUGAUCAAGAUACCGUUCACCGGACACCCGGUGCCCAAGAUCACGUGGAUGAAGGAGGGUGAGACCAUCGAGUCUGGCCUGCACUUCCACGUCGAGAGGAAAGAGCGUCACGCGAUUCUCACAAUCCGCGACGCCAGCAAGAUGGACUCCGGCCCGUACAGGAUCACAGCUGAGAACGAGUUGGGACAGGACUCCGCCACCAUUAAUAUUGAGAUUAGCGACCGUCCCGACCCGCCGCGGUUCCCGUCCACGGACAACAUCGGUGUUGACUCCCUUGCGUUGUCGUGGAAGGCCCCCAUCUGGGACGGUGGUUCCGACAUCACCAACUAUCUCGUCGAGAAGAGGGAACACCCCAUGUCCAGCUGGAUAAGAGUUGGUAACACGAGAUUCACAACAAUGGCCAUCACUGGUCUAGUACCAGGCAAGCAGUACGAGUUCAGAGUAUACGCCGAGAACAUCUACGGCCGGUCAGACCCGAGCGAGCCCACGUCACUGGUGCAGACUAAAGCCAUCAUCAAGAAAGAGUAUAAGAAGAAGGAAUACCCAGUCGACGAGACAGGCAAAAAGAUCCGCACGAACGCGGACCACGGGCCCAUCAAGGACUACGAUAGCUACGUGUUCGAUAUCUACAGCAAGUAUGUUCCUCAGCCAGUCGACAUCAACACUUGCUCCGUAUACGACAAGUACGACAUACUGGAGGAGAUCGGUACUGGAGCAUUUGGAGUUGUCCACCGAUGCAGGGAAAGGUCUACAGGCAACGUGUUUGCCGCCAAAUUCAUCCCAGUGUCGGGUGCGAUGGAGAAGGAGCUAAUUAAGAAAGAGAUAGACAUAAUGAACCAGCUGCACCAUCGCAAGCUGAUCAACUUACACGACGCCUUCGAGGACGAUGAUGAGAUGGUCCUUAUUUACGAAUUCUUAUCUGGCGGUGAGCUGUUCGAACGUAUCACGGAACCUGGCUACAGCAUGAGCGAGGCAGAGGCAGCACACUACAUGCGCCAGAUUUGCGAGGGCGUCCGUCACAUGCACGAACAGAACAUCAUCCACUUGGACCUCAAACCGGAGAACGUCAUGUGCCAAACACGCACCGGCACUGAAGUUAAGAUCAUUGACUUCGGUCUAGCCACCAAGCUGGACCCGAACGAAGUGGUCAAGAUUUCAACUGGUACUGCGGAGUUCGCAGCACCUGAAAUAGUCGAGCGUGAGCCCGUCGGCUUCUACACAGAUAUGUGGGCGGUCGGCGUGCUGGCUUACGUGCUGCUGUCCGGUCUAUCACCGUUCGCGGGUAACAACGACAUCGAAACCCUCAAGAACGUAAAAGCCUGCGACUGGGAGUUCGACGAGGAGGCCUUCCAACAUGUCUCCGACGAGGCCAAGGACUUCAUCCGACGACUGCUCGUUAAGAAUAAGGAGAAGCGCAUGACAGCUCACGAGUGCCUCGCGCACCGCUGGCUGAGCGGCGCUGCCGACACGCGCACCGCCUCCAUACACUCGCGACACUACGAGCUCAUGAGGGACAGACUGAGACAGAGAUACGAGAACUGGUCAUCGUACGUGCUGCCGAUCGGCAGGCUGAGCGAGUACAGCUCGCUGCGCAAACUGCUCGUCGAGAAAUGGAAGAUCUACGACGGACAGUUCGAUCGCAGACAAGCGGCGCCACGGUUCGUGAUCAGACCACAAUCAGCGUUCUGCUAUGAAGGCCAGUCCGUGAAACUGUACUGCCGCAUCAUCGCCUGCGCUGCGCCGACGGUCACGUGGUCGCACAACAACCGCGAGUUGAGGCAGUCCGUUAAAUACAUGAAGAGGUACGCCGGCGACGACUACUACUUCAUCAUCAACCGCACGAAGCUGGAGGACCGCGGCGAGUACAUCAUCCGCGCCGAGAACUCCUACGGCUUCAGGGAGGAGGUUGUCUUCUUGAAUGUGCAACCCGUACCCCGCGUCCAACGCCAACCAGCCGCGCCAGAAGCGCCGCGCCGCCGCGAAGCCCUGCCGUACACGUUCUGGCAGGAAAGCAGCGAGACGGCGCCAUGCUUCACUUUCCAACUCCGACCGCGUGUCAUGCAGGCGCGAGACACGUGCAAGCUGCUGUGCUGUCUCAGCGGCAAACCUACGCCUACUGUUAAAUGGUACAAGGAUAAGCGCGAGCUGUCCAAACACGACUACGCAAUGUCGAACUCUGAUGGCGUCGUCACGAUGGAGAUCGUCGACUGUCGCCCGAGUGACAGCGGCAAGUACUCGUGCGUCGCGACCAACAUCCACGGCACGGAUGAGACGUCGUGUGUCGUCAUCGUUGAGGGCGAGGUUGUGAGCGAAGAGCAAGAGGCCCUGGCCCACAAGUUCCUCCACUCCGGUGACCGCCGCUACAUUGAGAAGCCGCUGAAACCCGCGCCGCCACCCAUCAUCACAAAGACCAAGGUCACCGUCGACCCACCAAGCAAAAUGGCGCCCAGACCGAAAUACUCACCACAGAGCUCAUUAGAAGCCGGCAAGAAGAGACUGGACUCAGACAAGUCGUCACGAUCAAGAAGUGCGACGAAGGAACUGAUAUUGCCCGCAUCAGACGCGUCGAUGUGUGCGCCGUCGUUCGCACGCGCGUUACCCGACGCGCUGGCGGCCCGCGACGGAGCGCCGCUACUGCUGUCGUGCUCCGUGCGCGGAGACCCCGACCCCAGGGUGCAGUGGUACAAGGAUGAUAAGCCCCUGAACUCGUCCGAGGUUUUGGACCUAAAAUACAAGAACGGUGUAGCCUCGCUGGCCAUCAACGAGGUGUUCCCGGAAGACGAAGGCAUUUACUCACUGAAGGCGAUCAACAGCAAGGGAGAAAGCGAGACGAAGUGCAAAGUCUCCGUUGUAAAAGCUGACAGCGCAGCGAGCGCGGUCCGCGACCAGCCACCGAGAAUAGUGGACCAUGCGCAGUCACAGGUUGUCAACGAUGGCGACCCCGUCACGCUGUCCUGCAGAAUCUCGGGUGCUGAGAGGUUCGAUGUAGUUUGGCUACACAAUAACAAGGAGAUCAAGCCGUCGAAGGACUUCCAGUACUCGUGCGAGGCCAACAUCCACAAGUUACAGAUUGCUGAGAUCUUCCCUGAAGAUGCCGGUGUAUACACAUGCGAAGCCUUCAACGACGCGGGCGAAUCGUUCUCGUCCUGCACGCUAGUGGUUUCUGUAGCCGGCGAGAAGCCUGAGACACCGCAGUACACAGCCUUCCCUGCAUCUACUACUGUCAACGCUGGUGAACCCGCUGUCUUCACCGCUGAGUUGGAUAAGCCACCACUCCAGCUCCAGUGGUUGAAGGACGGUAAACCAGUGGACGAGUCGUCCAACAGAUACAAAUUCACAAUGGAAGGUGACUCCAAAUACAGAGUCGAGAUCGUCAACUGCAACUCGGAGGACAGCGGCCAGUACCAAGCACGCGCCGUCGGCUCCAAGGGCGACUCACUAGCAGCAUUCUAUCUUAACGUUGUAGAAAACUAAACCGGACUGACGUAUAAAUUAUAAUUAAAGGGGGCCCAAGAUUGACCCUUGUGGCACCCACUCGGUAUUGUAAUGAUAAAGUAAUUGAACGCGAAUGUUUUAAUGGUAUCGAUUUUUAUACGAUUCGGAGUCGUGGAAGGGAGUUUUUUUCUAUAAUUUAUUUUAAUUUAUUAAGUAUUUAUUAAGUGUUACACCCUAUCGAAAGCUUACGAGAAGUCACGUCGAACGUUCUCUAGUCACUGUUAACAUUAUUGCAAAUAUUUUUCUUGUUUACUCGUCAGUACCUAACCGAAUUACCUACAGCUUCUCUGGAUUUAAGCUUGAAUUGUGCCUUGAGGUAGAGCUGACCGUCCCUCGCAUGGUUCGUACGCCACCACGGGCCAUGCCCGCGACGGUCGCCUCGCGCCAUACGCAUCACUUUACUAUUUUUAUAUAAAUUUAACUGUACUAUUUAACUGUAAAUACAUAAUUUAUAUCAUGUAACCGCAAAAUUUAUAA